UAAAGGUUCCUCAAAUCCCAUUUUUUUUCUUAUUCCUCACAAAACAAUCAACAAUCCAACAUGGCUCAGCUUUCGCCAAGGCUACUUUACUUUCUCUUUUUUCUUCUGAUAACAAAUUCUAUAUCUCAAGUUACAGCAGCCAACACUACACAAAACUUCCACUACUUCUGUGAUCAUGAUAACGAUAGAGGAGACUACACGGCCAACAGCACCUACCACACCAACCUCAACACCCUUUUGUCCACUCUCGUUUCCAAUAAAGAAAUCUAUUACGGUUUCUACAAUUUCACAAACGGCGAAAACACUGAUAAAGUGUACGCCAUUGGGAUGUGUAGAGGAGAUGUUGAGCCAGAGAACUGCCGCACAUGCCUCAACGGUUCCAGGACCAAUCUCACUGAACUUUGUCCAAACCGAAAGGAAGCAAUUGGUUGGUACGAGGAUGAGCAGUGUAUGUUGCGCUACUCAGACCGCAAUAUAUUCGGCCUUAUGGAA